UCCCGCUGCCGUUUCUAAAACAAAGAAAGACUAUCCCGUCUGAGACUCAGCCCUCGGCGUGUGCGCUUUGGCUAUUAGGCUAGCUUCUCCAUAUCGACAGUUUACUCCAACAGUCCAACUCUUCUUAAGCCCGUUUGAGUCUGUCAAUACGAAUGUACUACACUCUUAUCUUGUCACAACUUCUUGUUUAACUACACCCUCGCACAUAUAUCAAGCACGCGCUCCAUCUCUUCUUGCCUUGUCACAACAUAUACUAGCUCUGACGGACAAUCCUCCUUCGACUGCACUCAACCGGUGUUUUCAUUUUUCUCAUCAUCGUUAUCAAGUCCAGUCUCGUCUUACCGCUCCCAUUUGUGAGACAUACUUCGACACCGCAUCUAGGUCGGGAAUCGGCGACUUUGUCGAAAAGGAUCUGACCGGACCUUAGAGACGAGCAUUGCAUGUGACGAACUGACGUCGUCAGUAGUGGAGGCUCUGCAAAGUUGGCAUCACCCACUGUGAGACCGGGGCCGUGAAAUAUAAUCUCUACCGUGAAUAACUAAAUUCGAAUUUCGUCUACUUCUACUCCCUUCAACCAUGGUGCAAGACGCCAACCAACCGAGGGAGCACUUCCCGUCUCGAACAGCCUAUUGGCCCCAUCAGGAUAGAUUUCCUAUGGAACCAGUUCCCGACGAGGGUCGUUUCGCAGACUCGCAGCAAGAUAUACGGCGACCUCCUAUGGCUAUCGACAAAGCUUUACGCGAGUACUGCAAUAUCUCAGCAGAAUUCUAUGUUGUUAUACCCGUCAUAGAAGGAAAGCCCCAUAUCUUCACAGCACCCAACAUACCGGGGAUAAAUAUAUCAAGGUUCUUGGAUGUUGAAGCGCUCAGUCGUGAACUACAACGUGUUCAGGCCGCUUCGAACCCCGCCGCAUAUACCGAACCAGAAUUUGGUUUCGAAACAGAAAUUAACCGCUACUCCAUGGACCCUGUCAGGCGUUGGACACAGGACCGUCGAUAUGGGCAACCUAUGAGUUUAACAAGUUUCGAAGAUGAUGGAAACUACAAAGCUCGCAAACGCCCAAGGGCAAGUAUGAUACGGCGCGAGCCCGAGAACUACGAUGACGAGCCUACACCAUCAUCAAGCCCCUCGAAAAGAGGCCUUACAAUCCGCGACGACAAGGCCGUUUGGGCAUUUUAUGAAGAGCGAUUUAAGACUAUUCAGCAGAGCGCAUGCAAACUAAUUGCUAAAGCUUGGGUGAAGGCGGUUGAGCCGAAGAAGCAGUCCACACACCCUUAUACGGGUGCAGAUGAAAAAGCACCUGAUUGGUGGCCAAAGCCUUGGGGGCCAAAUCGAGAACACAAGGUUAGGCACAAGGAGCCUGACCAUUUGUACAAACGCGAACGGGUUCAUCUGCUUAACCAUAUCCUUCGGAUGAUAGUCGAGCCGAAUCAUGCUCAACAUCCAAGUAUCCAAAAGCUUUAUCUCAAUGUGAGUAAGCUAGAAGAGGUUACUAAUGAGGCCCUAUCGUCAUUCUUCACCGACAAGGACAACCCCAGCAAUCUGCAAAAGAAGCCUUACUUGAAAGAAAUCUUUAAGGUUGCUCAUCUCGAGGAACGAUAUAAAGAUGGCCAAAUCGAUGGUUCAACUGUUGUAUACGUGAUGCCCAACGACCGUGUUAGUCAGGGGUAUGUAUCGGACACCGAGGAUGUAACACCUGGGAGAGAUGAGGGCGAACAUAAUCCAGCUCCCAAUUCCUCCAGUUCAUCCCCCCAGAGAACAAAUAUGCCGCCGACGCUCAUGACCCAGUCGCAUACUCAUAGCACUGAGCCAAGUCCCACCACCCAAAUACCUAGCGACACAUUCGUAGGGGAGAUGCCAGUUCGCAACACUCAAUACCCCCAACCGGUUUUAGGCAGUGAAAUAGGUACUGAGCGGCAGACUUUUGUGGAAGCGCCUAGUAUGCCUAGUCAAGCUCCUCUCCAUCCAUCUACCAACCUAGGCCUUCACGAUAUGUAUACCAGUCCUCAUGAUUCAAGUAGAAGAUCGUCCAUGUUCACAACACCGUCGGAAUACGCGAGCCCAGCAACUCCAACGAUAUAUCAACAAUGGCAAACCGGCUCUGCAGCACCUAGUAAUCCGUCAGCUUAUACCUUCCCACAGCAGCCCAGCAACGCUCAUCAACCUUUUGUCGGCCACGCAGGGGUCCCAAUGACUCACAGUCAACAGUAUAUGAAUACAUCGUUUGACGGUCUACCAAGGAGCCAUAAUACACAACAAGACGGAAUGAUUCGUUCGCUCCCCCAACCCACCUUCACCAAUUAUAUGCCUCACGAGCCAGGAUCCCUUCCGGGGUCAGCUAUAAAGACUGACCCUCUUCCGCGGCACCCUACACAAUAGGUUCGCCGCCAGUCGACGGGGAACUAUAGCCUUGUCAACCAGCUGCGUUGGCGGCUGUCCUCGUCAUAUUGAAGAGUCCUAUCUAAUGUCUGCGCCCCAACUUAAGGCAACUCAUUAACUGUAUAUGUUUUGUGAACACCCCU